CCCUUACAUGCCACAGCGAAGUUCUCAUUUUUUUUGUUGGCAGUAACAGUUGGCACGAGGCGAUUAAUAUAACUUUUGUGGUAUUUUGUACAUGCAUUUCGUUAUUCAAUGUUGACUUUUAAUCUAGUUUACCAAACAGAUGGAGGUGUAACUGGGCUCUAUGGUCCGGGCAUGCUGCUCUGACUUGCCCUUUCCAAGUGCUGUGUUUAAUCUAGUGUCGGCCAUUCAAGCUGUCCAUCAUGUCAGGCAAGGCUAAGAAGAAUGCUACAGCUCCUACUGGAAAACCAAAGCUAUCCAAGUCAAAGUCACUAGUUGGGGAGACUGGAGCUAAACCAAAGAUUGCUAAAAGAAGCGGCAGUACAACGAGUAUGAAGGACAAGCGAGACCGUAAAGCCGUGAAGGCGACGGCGACAUCCAAGACUAAAUCUUGUUACAGUCUGUAUUCCGAGGAGUCUGAAAGUGACCGGGUCACUUCGGCCAGUCGCGGCGGAAUUGACCGGUGUUCUGAGCUGCUGUACCACUUGCUAGACAGAAAGAAAGCAGGUGGUCGUAGCAAGAUGUUAUCAUCCCCGUGUUAUGGAAAGGUUGAUGAAUUGCAGCCAGCUGGCCUGACAUCGAGAGUUGACUUCCAGAUUAAGGAACCUGAUUCGCCCGACACUAUGAUAGCUGCUCUGAUGAGUGGAGAGCGGAACACUCCGCGAACUCGAGCGCCGGUCGUCGAUAUCAAGACGCCGUUUAACCAGCGACUCAUGUCGUCCACGCCAGACCCGGACAAAUGUCUCUCUCCGGGCAUGCAGCUCAUCCCCGAGAAAGACGUGGAUCUGAGCAACGUGUUCCGACAAAGCGCGGCAUCAAAGAGCACCAAUUACGUGGUCAACCCUAUGGAUCUCAGCAGCUUGGUGAUUCAGAAUUACUCGCAGAGUCCGAAUUCGUACUCCAGUCGAAGAUCUUCCCACAGAGACCGGAUGGGUUACAGUGUCGCCCAGAAUGAACUUGUCUUGUUGGAGACGGAUGCUCCCAAGAAGAGUGAUAUGGCCGAUUUCCAGUGCUACCUCCAUCGAGAAUCGUCGAAAGGGCUUUCGCCACCUCUCUUUCUGCAAGGUGGUCGCAGUGACAUUGGUGCUAUGUACUCUGUCAGAGACCAAGAGGAUCAUGGUGGCAGUGGUGGUGAUCAUGGUGGUGGUGGCAGUGGUGAUCGUUGUAGUGAUGUAGGUGUCUGGGAACAAAAUCAAAAUGGCCGCCUCGAUGUUGGUGCUGUCAAAAAACAAGAGGAUCGCGGUGGUGGUCAUGAUAUCGAUGUAGGUAUCAGGGACCAGAAUCGAGGUGGCCAGAAUGGUGUUAGUGCGGUGUACACUGUCAGAAAGCAAGAGGAUCGCGGUGGUGGUCGUGAUGUUGAUGUAGGUAUCAGGGACCAGAAUCGAGGUGGCCAGAAUGGUGUUAGUGCGGUGUACACUGUCAGAGAGCAAGAGGAUUGCGGUGGCGCCGACGGUGUUAGUGAUGUAGGGGUCAUAGACCAGAAUCUGAAUGGCUGUAGCGACAUUGUUUGUACUUCAGCCACAGGAACACAGAAUCCGGGUGGUGGUAGUGACCUUGUUGCUGUGCAGACCGUUAACGAAGAGGUUCAGCGUAGUCAUACUGAUGUUGGUGCUGGAGGAACAAAAGAACGAAGCAGUAGUGUCGGCGCUAUGGCCAAUGGCAGAGAUCUAGUAGAUCUAGUUCCGUUUAGUGCUGAAGGACUGAAGGGGCACGAUAGUAGUGUCGGUGCUAUGGCCAGUGGCAGAGAUCUAGUUCCGUUUAGUACCAGAGGACUGAAGGGGCACGAUAGUAAUGUCGGUGCUAUGGGUAUUGGUACAGAAGAGGAUCAUCAUAGACAAAGCGAUGUUGGUGCUGAUAGUUUGGUUGGAGGGUUGGAGAAUAUUGGUGUUGGUGUGUGUAGUGCUGGAGAACAGGAAAAUGAGAAAAGCAAUGUGUAUGACUCGAACAUGGAAAGUGCGGCUGGCGUGUAUAAAACUGACGAUGAUCAUGAUCACGUUACCACAGCUAAUGCAGUUGACGUUGACCGCAAUAAUUCCUGUGAAGAGGAUGGUGGUUUGGAUGAAAUGACCCCCACGGAAGUGACGGCAACGUUUAGUGUCGGCACUCGUAUGAGUGGAUAUCUGGGUGGUGAGAGCAGAAACACGAUUUCUUCAAGUCCGCCGGGGAUCGACAGUCGUGUACUGAUAGCGAAAACAAGUCCUGGUCACCAUCAACACGAGCCUCGUGCAAUUCUCGGUCGGCAAGCUAGUAAAUCGCAACCAAACAACAAACUGAAUUCUGUUGGUUUUGGAGACACUCCGGGAAAUGUUAUGUCGGACAUUUCGAGAGUCUGUUAUUCCGAACCGGGGCAGCAGCUGAGCCCGGAGAAGAUUUAUCCAUUGGGCAGUGGUUGUUAUGACGACGAGGAAUGUGCUGUCCUGUUCAGUCACAUUAAUCCGUGCUCUUUGAAUCCGAACGUUGGUAUUUCGAAACCACUUCCCUUCCUGCACGACUUUGUCGAGACCCCGGCUAAUUCCCCUAUUAAUGUUUCAGCCAAGAUGAACCAUCCUGGUGCCUCCAGAUUUGACACUGGCCAUGUUGGAACGUAUGUCGGAUUGGGAAUUAAAUCCCAGGAAUCUUGUUUUAAACCGCCGUUGAGUUUUCUUCAAACAAUUCUCGCGUCAAACGGCAUGGACACCCCAGUGAAUUCGCCCAACAGGAGUCCUGUGAAUUCAGAUUUAGGCUUUCUUCAUUCUGAGCAGGAACUGAUUCAAAGAGAUUUUCCAAAGCUGCCUCAGCCACCGACACCGGAUGCCCCUCAUGGACCUAGUCACGUUCGGUUCUUGUUGAAGGAACUUGAAAACAUGGCCAAAAUCUCAGGCAGCUCAGAUAUGCUGUAUUUAGUACAAGACCUGAACAACACACUAGAAACAAUGUCGACCCUUGACCUCGUGAAUGUGGAUAAGCUGGUGCAGCACCUACGUAUUGAGAAUGUUCAGCUUAACCGGCGAAUUAAAACGCUGAAUCAACAGUUGAGGGAGAGGGAACGAAUGGAACGUGAAUCCAGCUCUCUUGGGGUGAAUUUUGAAUUGCUGAACCUGCAGACGGACAACGUAUCUCUGAACCGGCAGCUGCGCGAGAAGCACGAGGCGGUGACGCGCUUCAUGGCGCUGGUCGACGAGUUGCAGCACGAGAAGGACCAGGUGAAAGAAGAACGACAGCAACUCAUCAUGAUCCUAGACGAGAAGAACAAAGACAAGUUGAAGCUUCGCGAGGAAUGCAUGCAGGAGAGUUCCAAACUGGAGAGACAGCUCGACCUGAUGAAGAAACAGAAUGACGGAAACCUCUUGAAACUGAAGGCGGCCCAGCAGGAAAACAACAUCUUAGACCUGGCUCUCAAGCAGAGAGACCAUGAGAUCUCCCGGCUUGAACAACUUGUACAAACUCUGAAGGAUGGAGUAGAGGGAAUCCUGGGCAGUCUGGAUGCCAACUGCAACAUCAAAGGGCCACGGUCAGCUGCCAGUGACACGUUUAAUCUGCAGAGGAUGCUGGUCAUGCUUGAUAGAAGUGCAAGUCCUGUUAAAAGUAUUAUGUCCGACCCUGGCCAGCAAACAACCGUCGACAAGAAGAAGAAAAAUGUGCCGGUUUCUAGCCUGACAAGUAGUGCACUACAGAAACUCCAGCAGGGUAUUGCCAUGACAACAGGGACAGUGGGGAGAAGUCUGAUGCAGACAGAUGUUGAGAAUGUCGACGCCAAGAUCGAGCAAGACGUCCGAUCGGACGUCUCAACAGUGUCGUCAUUUUCUACAUCGACAACAGUGGACGACCGUGCAUUCCAAGAGGGGAUAGCGGCACUAGAUGCCAAUAUUGCUAAAGUUCAGUUGGCACUUCAAAGAACAAAAAAGAAAUUUCAACACUGAACAAUUAUUCGAUGAUGAAAAAAUAUAUAGAAUGGUAUUUCUAACUGAAAUUCCCACACACGCAUCAGCUAUUGGUAACAUUUGUCGAUGUCUGUUUAUGUUGUUUUUCAAACAUUAUGAAUGCCUUCAGAGUAAAAUUACACCCCAAACUCUCAAAUUAUUAGAUAUUAAAUUUUCUGUUCAGUCUAAUUUAAUAUUAGUGGUUAAGCCUUAUAUUAAUGUUUGUCUAUAUCUGUUUAUUUUGUUGUUAAAAUACCGUAUCCAUGUAAAUGCUUUUAAAUUACAUCCUCCUCUGCCAAAAAGAAAAAGGACAAAAAAAGACAAAAAAAGAGGUUAAAAUGCAUUUAGAGUUCCAGAAUUAUUUUGUCUGGAGAUGAUAAAAGGCUCUUUUAAUAACUACUUAAAAAUAACAUGCUUUACUGAUUUAUUUAGUGUGUAACAUUUAAUUUGUUAUAUUUAAAAAAAACCCUUUAAUUCCAAACUAAUAUUAUUUUAUCUAACCUUUGUUUAAUAUAUUUACCAAUAUUACAAGUACCAAUACUUAAAAAAACGCAACAUUUUGACUGCAUGAGGUUUAUAUUCAUUUGUAAUUUGAAAUUUAAAUUCAAAUCAUUUUAAUGCAUUCAUUAAUUCAUUAAUAAAUGAAAAUGGUUUCAGAUAGUUUAGAAUUUUAACAUAACAUGAUGGAAUUAUUUAUGAUCAAAGCUUCAGUUUCCUUCUUUUUUUCUUUCUUUUAUUUUUAGAUACGUGUUACUUAGUGUUUAAGCUGGACCCAAAACAUUAUUAACAAUGUUGUGAAGUUUGUCAGAAAAUCGGUAACAAAAUUCAAGUUUCAGUUAGUAAAACAAAAAUAUAAAUAAAAUUAAGACCGUUUAAAGAAAUCAAAUUAAUAUUUCAGUUGAGCCAAACAGAAUUGAACAAAAUUAAAGCUCUUAAAAGAAUUUAAUUGUUCCGAAUUUCAAAUUAGUGUUUUGCUGAUUAAGUGUGAAAUAUAUUUGUCAAAUUGAGUUUUAAUAUUUGACAAAUGAUGGUUUGAACCAUAGUUAAGGGGAAUUCUCACUGUGUGAUUUGUAAAAACGAUUUGUAGCAAUCAAUUUAUAGUAUAAUACUUUCUUUUCUCUCUCUCUUUUUUUUAAUAUGCCCAUCUAUUAUUGGUCGUAUUAUGGUAUGGCGUUGUCUGUCAGUCCGUCUGUACGUAUGUCAGUUAACUUUUUCUUGUCUGGAUCAUAUCUUGCAUACAGAUGCAUACAGGACCAUCAAACUUCACGUGUAGGAACAAUUUGGGAUGGCGGUGUGUCACAUACUAUUACGAGGUCACUGUGA